AUGAGCGACCUGGUCACCACGAACCAAAAAGCCAUCGAUCAGGUCCUGCAGGGUACGCACGUCUACAUCAAGGAGCGGUCCUUCCUGGAUUUCGUGCUUGAGGAAGAUUUCCGCAAGACAGGCAAGUGCAACCUGGACAUCGCCCCAACCGAAUUCUUUCCCGCGGGCUUCGGCUGGAUACACCAAAAGGACAACACCAUCGGCCAACUCCUCAACAGAGAGUUUAUCAGGAUGCAACAGACGGGACUUCUCCGCAAGUGGAAGCUCAAGUACUGGCCCAAACCAAACGUCUGCACCAGCGGGGGAAAGAAAUCCAAAACCAAGAGACGGGGAGUAGAGGCGGGUGACAGGAACCGGGUGAAUAAGAUAGAUAAACAGCACAUCUUAAAGGAGGACAUCUCUAAGCCGCGGACUGACAAACAGAGCCGCCUCAGAUCUUCUCACACCCUCAUCUCGGCCCAAAGCUCAUCAUCCCUCCAGUCACUAACAGAUGAUGAUCGCCAUGUUCCAACACUCAACCUCAUCCCCGCCACGCCCGACUACCAGCUGAGACACUGA